AUGCCACAAGAGUUAAUGAAACCGACUUUCACUAACCCUUACGGUUUACACCACGCCAGUUAUGUAUUCGGCUUUACGAGUGAUUUUGGCUUCAUCAUUGGCAUUUCUGUAGGUAAGGAACAAGCUACAUUGAUCCUUUUUGGGAUGGUGGAAGGACAGAUUCAAAGUUUUGAAUACACAACCUGUAUCGCGUACCCUAUCACGCGGCCGAGCUGCCGGAUAGACAACCAACCAACAUUCGAUACCAGACUGGGCAGAUUUGCAACAACACAUGGUCCAAUACAACAAUACAUACCUAUUAUGCAAAAACGCAGAAACGAGAAACAGCAAGAAGCAGAAUGUGGUGCAGAUUUGAGGGAUCGGCAGGCGUCGCCGUCGUAUGCUGACGACCGGUCACGGUCGUACACUCAGCCUGCUCUUGGUCCUAUACCCCUCUCCUCUUAUCUUUAUGAGACUGAUGCUGCCACAAACGAUCAUCAUCAGCACAGUUAUGAACCCUAUCUCGCUAAUAGAAUCCGAGAAAGACGAUAUCACGGGCUUCAGGUAGACUAA